AGUCAAAAGCUUCAAAACAGACGGCGAUAACGCCGCCGAGGCCCCAGCUGACUAUGCUGCAGUCGACCAGAAAAUUGUCUUUGAGGAAAAUAAGAACUCUAUACCAGUGAACAUUGUCAUCGUGGACGACGCUAAACAAGAAUCUACUGAGAACUUUGGACUGAUGUUGACUUGUGAAAAACCCGACUGUGUCAAAGUCAACAAAGCCAACGUGGAAAUCACGGAUGACGAUAUCGACGGCCAGUGGGGCGAAUGGGGACAAUACGGGGAUUGCUCAAAGUCCUGUGGCACAGGAAGUCAAUCCAGAUCUCGCAGCUGCAACAACCCAGCACCACAAGGAGAAGGAGCUUAUUGUGUGGGCACCAACACUUCUUCGCAAGAUUGCAACACACACCAUUGUCCAGGAAAAGUUGGAUGGGACCAGAUCACUGCCGAGUUGGACGAGUGCGAAGGAACUGUAACCGUCAAAAUUGUCAGAAGCGAAACAACCAACAUUCCUGCUUCGAUCAAAGUUGACCUGAACCCAGGCUCAGCUACCGCCGAUGAUUACUAUCCCCUCGAUCAACCGACCAUUCAAUUUGACAAGGAUGCAACUGAAGUAACAGUCACAUUCAAAGCAAAGUCUGACAAUACCAUUGAACCCGACGAAACCUUCACAGCGGURAUCACURCUACUAAUGCUGCUGACCUUACUGUCGRCGACGGAAAAGGAACAUGCACUCUUACUAUCAAGGAUCAGUCAGCCAUCUUCACGUUCCAGAAACAGAAGUACAGCUUUUCAGAAAACGAUGGAACCGUUAAUGUUGUUGUKAAGAGAUCAGGAAAUAGCAACGGGAAGAAUGUCUGCAGUCUUAAGAGCUCUGAUGGUACCGCUGAGGCAGGCAAAGACUAUAAAGCGAUUGACGUCCCAGUUGUCUUCGAGUCCCGUGAUAGUUCCCAGUCUGUCUCUGUCGAAAUUAUUGAUGAUACUGAAGAUGAAAAUGAUAACGAGUCAUUCAAGCUUGUUUUGGAAUGUGAGAARCCAAAAUGCGUCAGGKCCUSUGACGUUGAAGUGGAGAUAAAGGACGAUGACGGUGAGAUUACAUUUUCCCAAUAAUCA